GCUGAGACGAGCCAAAUUGUGAAUGGACUGGAUCUGCAGGGACCGAUAUUUCUCCAUGAGCCACCGCAUCGCGUCGAGUUCUCAAAUAAUUCGGGAGGCCUCAUAGAGUGCUCCGGCCAUGGCAGUCCACCGCCAGAGGUGGAGUGGACACCCAUACCCCCCCAGCAGGAUAUGGUAUUCCAGCUAUCGAAUGGCAGCAUGAUGUUCUAUCCCUUCACCGCCGAAAAGUAUCGCCACGAGGUCCAUGCCACUGUCUACAGAUGCAAGCUCCGCAAUCUCGUGGGCACUGUCCUCAGUCGGGAGGUUCAUGUACGCGGCGUCGUCAACCAGAAGUACACGGUCCAGGUGCACGACGAGUACGUGAUGACGGGGAAUACGGCGGUGCUAAAGUGUCAGGUACCCAGCUACAUGUCGGAAUUUGUAAUGGUCACCGCCUGGGUGCAGGACACGGGCAUGCAUCUGUAUCCGAACACGGACAUCGGCGGCAAGUACACGGUGCUAUCGAACGGCGAGCUGUACAUAAAUAAUGCGGGGCCCAAUGAUGCGUACAAAACCUACACAUGCCGCACUGUAAAUAGACUGACAGGUGAAAUACAAAUUUCAACAUAUCCUGGCCGCAUUAUUGUAACGGAGCCCAAGGGCAUGGUACAGCCGCGCAUCAACGUGGAGAAGCAUUCGAUGCGGCAUGUUGUCCUUAAUGGCCAAACAACGUUGCCGUGCAUAGCUCAAGGACAUCCGGUGCCAACAUAUCGGUGGUUCAAGGAGGAGAACGAGCAGCUGCUGCCUCUGCAGCUCAGCGAACGCAUCACCAUCGUAUCCGCCGGAUUGCUGAAAAUCACCAAGGCACGUCUCGAGGAUAGUGGAAAAUAUUUGUGCUGGGUGAACAAUACGGCUGGCGAGGAGACCAUCCAAGUGUCGCUAACGGUGACAGCUCCUCUGACGGCCCAUCUGCAGCCACAGGUGCAGACGGUAGAUGUCGAUAAGGAUGCGCAAUUCCAAUGCAUUGUCUCUGGCCAUCCGGUGCACGAUGUGAACUGGUUGCACGAUGGCAAGCCCAUACUCAGGGACAAUCGUGUGGAGAUCCUCACCGAUCCGCCACGUUUGAUCAUCAAGAAGGUGCAGAAAGAGGAUCCUGGCAUGUAUCAGUGCUUCGUCUCCAAUGAAUGGGAACAAAUCCAAUCGACGGCCGAACUCCAGUUGGGCGAUGCUUCACCGGAACUACUUUAUUGGUUUUCGGAGCAGACGCUGCAGCCGGGACCGACGGUAUCAUUGAAGUGCGUUGCCACCGGAAAUCCACUGCCGCAAUUUACAUGGUCUCUGGACGGAUUUCCGAUUCCAGACAGCUCGCGCUUUUUAGUGGGUCAAUAUGUUACCAUCCACGACGAUGUCAUCAGCCACGUGAAUAUAUCAAAUGUCAAGGAGGAGGACGGCGGCGAGUAUACCUGCACGGCCCAGAAUGCCAUUGGCAAGGUCUCGCAUAGUGCAAAAGUGAACAUCUAUGGAUUGCCUUACAUACGCGAAAUGCCAAAAAUAACCGGGAUCUCUGGUUCUGAUUUGAUUGUUAAAUGUCCCGUGGCUGGUUAUCCCAUCGAUAAAAUACACUGGGAGCGAGAUGGCCAAACGUUGCCCAUAAAUCGCCGACAGCGUGCCUACAACAAUGGCACCUUAAUUAUCGAGCAACUGCAGCGCCUGGAGGAUGCGGGCACGUACACGUGCAUGGCACAGAACAAACAGAAGCAGACCUCGCGGCGCAACGUGGAGAUCCAAGUGCUGGUGCCACCGAAAAUUAUGCCCAUCCAGGCGAUGACGAACAUGCUGCGAGAGGGGAUGCGAGCGGCCAUCUCCUGCCAGAUCCUGGAGGGAGAUCUGCCCGUCAGCUUUCGCUGGGAGCGUAAUGGCAAGCCCCUGAUUGGAACAGGCAACGAGGUAUUUCGCCGUUUGGAUGAGUACUCUGCCAGCCUCGUCAUCGAGCACAUUACCUCGGAUCACUCCGGGAAUUACACAUGUAUCGCUGGCAAUGUGGCGGGCACCGAGCGCUUCACUGUGCCCCUGACCGUGAACGUGCCGCCCAAAUGGAUAUUGGAGCCAAAGGACUCGAGUGCCCAGGCGGGGGCUGAUGUCCUGCUGCACUGCCAGGCCUCUGGCUAUCCCAAGCCCACCAUCACCUGGAAGAAGGCCAUUGGACCAACGCCAGGCGAAUACAAGGACUUCCUGUACGAGCCCACCGUUCAGCUCUUCCCGAAUGGCACCAUCUACUUCAAGAAGAUCAGCAAAGAGUCGCAGGGGCACUUUCUGUGCGAGGCCAAGAACAACAUUGGCUCUGGCGUCAGCAAAGUAAUCUUUCUCAAAGUGAACGUGCCCGCUCACUUUCAAACGAAAACGAAACAAAUCUCGGUGGCCAAGGGCAAACAGGUCCAUGUGCAGUGCAAUGUGCAGGGCGACAAUCCCAUCGACUUCAAAUGGAAAAUCCAGGCAACGCAACAGUAUCUUGACGAGUCGCUGGAUUCACGCUACACAAUAAGAGAUCAAGUGCUCGACGAUGGCAUGGUCUCCGAAUUGGGCAUUUCGCACACAUAUCGCCAGGACACGGGCAUUUAUAUCUGUCAGGCGAGCAAUGCAUUCGGACAGGAUGAAAUGUCCAUUCAGCUCAUUGUCCAGGAGGUGCCCGAGCAGCCGAAGAAUCUUCGCAUCAACUCGCAGCAGUCGCGCAGUCUGCAGCUCACCUGGAGCCAGCCCUUCGCUGGCAACAGUCCCAUUGAGGAAUAUCACAUUUACUACAAGCAAAUAUCAGAUAUUUGGCAAAAUGCCGAACACAUCACCAUAACGGGUGCCCAGACGGUGGUCAACAUCCAGCAGCUGCGUCCCGCCAAGGCCUACCACAUACGCAUGUCGGCGGAGAACAAGCUGGGGGCCUCCGAGUUCUCCGAAGUGGUGCAGGUGACCACCCUGGAGGAGGUGCCUUCGGGGCCGCCGCUGGCCGUGCGAGCCGAGGCCAAGAGCUCCACCGAGAUCUCUGUCAGCUGGGAUGCACCUGAGCGGGAUCACUGGAACGGCAUCCUGCUCGGCUACUAUGUGGGCUACCAGAUGUCGCUCACGCCCGAGGACAAGGAGGUCAAUCCCACGCAGGGUUUCAGCUUCAAGACCGUGGAGGUGCGCUCCCAUUUCGGCGGCGAGACGGUCCUCAGCAACCUGAACAAGUUCACCCAGUACCAUGUGAUUGUCCAGGCCUACACCAGCCAGGGCAGUGGUCCUCCCAGCAAGGAAAUUGCCGUCCAAACAAUGGAGGACGUCCCCUCAUCGCCGCCAGAGUCGCCGCAGUGCGAUGUGCUCGGCUCCACAUCGAUUUACAUCACCUGGUCACCGCCGGACAUUGACGGACAAAAUGGCAAAAUCAAGGGCUACAAAGUGUUUUACAUAUCGAUCGAUGAGCUCUACGAGACCGAUCCGGAGGUUGUCAAGUCAACAAAUCAAUACGUCACCAUCGAGAAUCUGCGCAAAUACACAAACUACACGGUCUGGGUUUUGGCUUACACCAAAGUAGGCGAUGGCAUGAAAACCAAACCGUUUUAUUGCCGCACCCACGAGGAUGUGCCCUCCGCCCCGCAGGCAAUCAAGGCGAUACCCGCCUCCAGCACGAAAAUCAUCAUAUCAUGGCUGCCCCCGGACCUCCCCAAUGGUGACAUCACGGGCUACACCUUUUACAUGUCCAUGCUGGAAGGUGGCCGAGAGGAGGGCACCCACAAGAGACUGCUAGGACCCUAUGUGGAAAUGCACGAGACGGUCCGCACCCAGGAGUCGGCCACGUACCAGUUCUGGCUCACCGCCUCCACGAAGAUGGGCGAGGGCGAGAAGACGCAGGUGGUGACAGUGCCCCCAAACAACAAGGUGCCCGCUCGCAUUGUGUCCUUCAGCCAGAGGAUUGUCACGCCCUGGAAGGAGCACCUGGAGCUGCCAUGUCGCAAGGUGGGGGCCCCGGCGCCGGUGACAAUCUGGCGACAGGAUGGCCACAACAUGGAGACGAGUGCUCGGAAGACCAUUGCCAAGAACGGGACACUCUACAUGAAGGAGUGCCAGGCGAGUGAUGCGGGCAACUACACGUGCAGCGUGGAGAACACCUGGGGCAAGGACGAGAUAGUGUACAACAUUGUGGUGAAGGUGCCACCCGAGGCACCCAAUUUGACGGUGAUCAACGCCUACACGGACAGCCUGCACCUGGAGUGGAUGGACAACAGCCAUGGGGGCAGUCCCAUACUAGGCUACGUGAUCAACUACAAGCGGGACAACGGCGACUGGGAGGAGCUGCAGGUGGAUGCCAAGACCAAUUCCCAUCUGCUCAGCAAUCUCUGGUGCGGCACCCGCUACCAGCUCUACAUUACAGCAUAUAAUAAGAUCGGCACCGGGCUGCCCUGCGACAUUGUCAACUCUUACACCAAAGGCAAUCCACCCGUACAGCCGAAGCACUCGCAAAUGAUCACCAACAACUCUACAAGCGUGACCUGCUGGCUGGACUCCUGGGGGGAUGGUGGCUGUGGCAUCCUCUACUUCAUGAUCGAAUCGCGUGUCUAUGGUAGAUCUUCUUGGAAUGUGGUAUCCAAUCAUAUCCCUCCCACGGAAAGAAUCUACACGGUCAGCGACCUAAUUCCCGGUACGAAAUAUCAGCUGAAGGUGACGGCCCACAAUAAUGCGGGAUCCACGACAGCCAUUUACAACUUUACCACGCUCUCCCCUCAAGGAGUUCUCUACAACAACGAUCACUCCACACCUGUCUCCCACCUGAGCGAUCUGCCAUUCUAUGCGAACUUCAAGCUGCUGCUUCCCAUCUGCGUCUCCCUGCUUAUGCUGCUGGCCCUCAUCGGAGCUGCUUUGUUUCUUCGCAAGAGAAAACUCAACAACCAGGCCCGCCUGGCCAGCUCUUCUAUGUCAGAGUCCCCAUCGCUGGCCAACCUACAGAACAAACAGAACCGAGAUCAGCAGUAUCUGGCAGUGCGUUGCAAUCCGGGCCCUUCGCAGCCCCGUGGCUCCAACUCCAACGAUUCGGGCAGCUUUGGCAAGGCGGAGGGCAACGAGUACAUCGAAGAUAUCUGUCCCUAUGCCACUUUCCAGCUGAACAAACAGACCUACAGUGAGAGCUCGUACAGCGGCAAUGUCUACAGCGGUCCGUACCAUUCCGUGCGCGGAUCCUUUGUCUACCACGAUGUCAAGCCGGAGAGCUAUCAUUCCAAGGAGCCGGAGUACACAAAGGUGCGCCGAAAAGUGGGCCGCCUCCGAGAUCCCCAUUCGGAGAGUCAAGAAUCGGACAAUCCAGGUUCCACAGAUUCCGAAGUUAGGAAAAUCCUAACGCUUCACAUACCAAUUACAGAAUAUGACACACUCGGCUCCGAGUCCGACAAUGAUGUGUCUGCACGCGCUCUAAACUCGGCCAAGUAUCGCGCCCAACGCGAUACCCAAGAUGAGACCUCAUCCUCAUCGGAGACCACACCCACAAGCAUGACCCGGAAGUCAAAGCCUCCGUUUGCAGCCCGAAAGCCGGGAAAGCCCGGCACCAGCGGCAAGCGACACGUGCGAAGUUCCAGCGGCUAUUCGAGCCACAAUGAAGAAACUACUUUUAGCAUAUCCAACUAUCCACCAAACUAUCAGGACCACAUAAAUCCACCAGCUCGUUUUUCGGAUGCCAACGAGAAAUCAAAGACACAGACGUCGCCACGUAUGCGUGCCAAUCAGAAACUACAGCGGGAAGCCUUCCAGAUCAAUGUCUAAGGCCCUAAAGAAUGAAUGGAUCUAGUUUUAGA